AUGGACGCUAAUGAUCUACGACUUGCAACUUUACUUGCCCAAGCAUCGGGUGCGGAUUCAAUAUUUCGGGGUGCCAUGAAAGAACAAUUACUGAACUGGAAAGACGAACACGUUGACGCCCAGGUCAGCAGCUACUACCGCAAAAUAUAUUCUCUCUUGACCGGAGAAGUUCUUCGUGUUGAGGGCAACCGCAAUAUCACCGAUCGGGCUUUGUCUACAUCUGAUGUUCCCAUUGCAUCCUCAUUGGACUGGAAACGAGCUUUCGGCCUCUUCUUUUGGUACGGGUCAAAAUUUGAGACUCCUUUUGAGGAGGUGUUCCGCAAUUUCGAAGCGGAG